ACAAAAUCUAUGAGUAUGUUAAUAGCAUUUACUUUUGGAGACCUGAAUAUUAAACCAGUCUUCCGACCUAAUCUUCCAUCGGGCCAGUACAAACUUAUCUUUAGAGCAGUAUAUAAGUGCAGUACUACCAAUCUUAAUGAGACAAUUCAACUUAACUUACAUAUUACCAAGACUUCGGAGCACGAUACAUCGUACGUGGGAAAUAUAACGUUAUUAGAACCGCUCACCGACGAAUUUGAUAUUAACGUUAAUAUGGCUGUAAUGGACAAAAUUGGAGGAUGGAAAGAUAAUGCUUACGUUUAUACUUCAAAGAAGGGAUGCACUUCUAUUAAGGGAUUUUACGGCGUAACAUUUAGCACUUUCUUAGGUCUCGAACAUGUAGAGUGUCCUGUUGGAAAGGGUAUUUACAAUGUUUUGUAUGAUACAAAGAAUUAUGAAAAAGGAAAUUUUCCGAAAAUAUUUUUUUAUGGAAAAACAACAUCGAGCUAA